CUGGAGCUCCACUCGAAGGACUGACUCGGGGACACAAGCAGGCCAGCUAUUCAUUUGCACCCAAAAUGGACACUGUGAACAUCACCAUGGAGAAGUUGAGGGCCCAGUGUCUGUCCCGAGGGGCCUCAGGCAUCCAGGGCCUAGCCAGGUUUUUCCGCCGCCUGGACAAGGACAGCAGCCGGUCCCUGGAUGCAGGGGAGCUGAGGCAGGGCCUGGGGCAGCUGGGGUUGGAGGUGGGGAAAGCAGAGGCGGAGGCGCUGUGCAAACGCUGGGACCGAGAUGGCAGUGGGACACUGGACCUGGAGGAGUUCCUGCGGGCACUUCGGCCCCCCAUGUCCCAGGCCCGGGAAGCUGUCAUUGCAGCUGCCUUUGCCAAGCUGGACCAGAAUGGGGAUGGUGUGGUGACCAUGGAUGAUCUACGAGGGGUGUACAGUGGUCAGGCUCACCCCAAGGUGCAGAGUGGAGAGUGGUCAGAGGAUGAAGCCCUGCACCAAUUCCUUGACAAUUUUGACACAUCUGAGAAGGAUGGGCAGGUUACACUGGCAGAGUUCCAAGACUACUACAGUGGGCUCAGCGCUUCAGUGGACACAGAUGCAGAGUUCGUGGCCAUGGUGAGCAGUGCCUGGCACCUCUGAUGUGGCAACCCUCACCUGCCUAACAGCUGCCCUUAACCUAGUCCUGACCCACCUGCCACCCUGUUACCACUGUCCUGGGGCCUCAGAUAGACACAAGGAGGGGGAGAUGUGAGAAUGGAGGCUGAAGAACCGGCUGAACCAGGUCUCCUGCAGGGCCACCUGCAGGCCUGGCAAUGGUUGGAUUGAUCACUGACCCCAUCAGGGGCCUCCAUGGCCACACCCAGCCCAUCUGGCUGCCAGGUGCAUGGGAGGCGGGGGAUUUUAGUUAAAAGUUUUAAUGCAGUUCUCAAAUACAUUUCAUAUGACAAUCUUACAUAAAUGUUCCAAAACACA